AUGGGGAUAUCCAAGGUGACUGGCAUUGCUGCGACAGCUUUUCUUGUCACAUCUGUUAGUCUGUGCCAGCUGGGCAUGAAAAUUAUUAUGCUUCCUUUCCUAGCCACCAGUAUUGUUGCUUUUGUUAUCACGGUCGCAUCCCAUGAUGCCAUCAACCUACCAUGGAUCCUGGGGAAGAACUCAGUGGGAAGAUUUCCAUUUUGGUCAUUUAUACUGUUUGGUCCUUUCUUGACGCUUGCUCGGACAUAUGCAAUGGUUAAGAGACACAUGAGGAAGGAGUCUGUGUAUGACAAGAUCGCGGAAGGCCUAUAUCUGGGAGGAUGGCCGUUUCUCUUGAAACAUUUGCCUCCUGGAAGCCCGUCUGUCAUAGAUUGCACUUGUGAGCUUCCAAGAAGUUCCUUCGUUCCAGCAGACGAGUAUCUUUGUCUUGCAACUUGGGAUACGAGAGCUCCAACACCGCACCAAAUUGAAAAAGCUGCACGUUGGGCUUGUCAAAAGAGAUCUGAGGGGAAGCCGGUUUAUGUCCAUUGCGCAUUUGGUUAG